AUGCUGUAUGAGCUUGGAGAGGGCGCCCCCGAGGACGCGUUGAAGCCCGGCACCGGCGGCCUGGGCCAGCUCGCGCUUGUGCUGCUGGGCAGCGCCGGCGCGCUGCCGCGCGGCCGCCACCGCCUCGUCGCGCUCGCGGCGAUGGAGGCGGCGGUGCGGUACGCGCGCGUGGUGCAGCAGCAGGCGCAGCAGCCGGCGAUACCGGGGGUGCUGUCGCUGUUCCUCGAGCCCGGGCGCGGGCUGGGGCACCCGAGCGUGGACGUCGGCACGCGGGCGUGCUACCUUUUCAGCCGGCUGGUGAAGCUUCUGCGCAGCAACCUGCGGCCCUAUGCGGGCGACAUCCUCUCGUCCCUGCAGCCCCACCUGGUCGCCGUCGCGACCGUUCCCCCGCCCGCGGCCGCGCAGCCGGGGCAGUCCGGCGGCGGCGCCGCCGGCGGCCCCGCGGCGGCGUCGUCGCCGGCGGCGCUGGUCGGCGGGCGGGAGUCGAGUUCGGCGAAGCAGCUGGCGCCGAGCACAAGCCCUGUGGACGACCGGCUAUAUGUGUUUGAGGCGGUCGGGCUGCUGCUGGGGCAGGAGGAUAUUCCCUUGGAACAGCAGCAGGCGGCGCUGUCAGGGCUGCUGCAGCCGCUUAUGCGGCAGAUCGAGGGCAACCUGCGGCCGGCGGCGGCGGGCGCGGCGGCGGGCGUGGUGGCGGUCGCCGGCGACGCGGCGGCGGCGCGCGCCCCGCCAGCAUGGCUCAUUUUGCAGGCUUUGGAAGCCAUCGCCCGGCUCAACAAGGGCUUCAAGGCCGACAUGUGCACGCGGACCCGGCCACAGCUAGGCCAGAUGUUUUUGUCGUGCUUGGAAACAGCCAUCCAGGUGCCCAAGGCGCUGCCGGGCCACAAGCAGCUGCGCGCGCGCUUCAUCGCGUUUGUGCACCGCAUGGUCGAGUCACUGCUGGCCGGGGUGCUGCCCUACCUGCCCAUGGCCCUGCAGGUCCUGAUGCACACCCAGGCGGACGCGCAGGACACCAUCGACGUCCUCUCCCUCAUGACCCAGCUCAUGACGCGCUUCAAGGACGCCAUGCUACCCCUGGUCGAGGCCAUGCUGCCGCCCGUCGCCGCGCGCGUCGCCGCGCUGCUCGGCCCGGACUGGGACUGGUCGGGCCGCCAGGCGUCCCCGCCGUCCGCCGCGCCCGCGCCCGCCCAGGCGGCGGGCGGGGGUGCAGCAGCGGCAGCGGCAGCGGCGGGCGCGCAGCGGGCGGCGGCGGGGCAGCAGCAGCAGCAGCAGGAGCAGGGCGGCGGCGGCGGCGGCGGUUCCGGAGCCGAGGUCGUGGCGACACUGGAGGAGGCUCGGGAAAAGGGGGAGCUGCAGCGGGCGUAUUACUCGUUCCUCCACGGCCUCGCGCACCACGGCCUCGCGGCCGCGCUGCUGCAGGCGCCGGCGUCGGUGCUCGACUCGGUGCUGGCGUCGCUGACCCAGGGCGCGGCGUCGCACGUCGACCCGACCGUGCGGCGCACGUGCCUGCAGCUCGGCGGCGAGGCGUGCGUGCUGGGCCUGCUGCGCGCGAGCCAGGGGCUCGACGCGCGCGACGCGGCGACUGCGGCGUUUGUGGGGGAGGUGGCGGCGGCGCUCAAGCUGCUGUAUGAAAAGUGCGGCGACGAGUUUGCGGCCCACCUCUGCGGCCGCGUGCUGCCCUCCCUGGGCCUGCCCCAAGAGGUGCAGCAGCAGCUGGUGCACCACGUGCGGGAGUCCGACCCCAAGCAGCUCAAGGACUGCCUCAGAAACGUGCUGCUGCAGACCAACGCCGCGGCAGCCGCAGCCGCCGGAGCGGGGGCGGGCCGGUAG